AUGGCAUCGCGGACAGCCCGCGCCGUCGUUUUCGGGGCGCUUGCGCUGUCGAGCGCCGCCCUCGCCCAGAACUUCUCGUCGUCAUCCCCAGGCAUCGAUGCUCUCCGCGCGCAACUUGCCCUGAUGGAUGACAGGCCCAAGGACUGCCCACCAUGCUUCAACUGCCUCCUUCCAGCCUUCAGCUGUGCCCAGUAUGCCGACUGUAACUCGUUCAACGGACAGUGUUCCUGCCCCGCCGGCUUCGGUGGCGUGGACUGUAUCGAGCCUCUCUGCGGUUCCUUGGCCCGAGGCAACGAGCACCGACAAAUACGUCAUGGUGAUACCUGCGAAUGCGACGACGGCUGGGACGGCCUCAACUGCAACCUGUGUACCGACGAUAGGGCAUGUAAUGCCCUGAUGGAGACGGAAGAGGGAGGCGUCUGCUACCAGCUGGGCAACGUCUUGAAGAACAACUACCAGAUGUGUGAUGUCACAAACGAGAAGAUUCGCGAUCUCCUGGGGGAACAAGUACCUCAAGUCACCUUUACCUGUGAUGCCUCAGAGGCUAGGUGCGACUUCCAGUUCUGGGUCGCCAAGAGGGAGUCUUUCUAUUGUACUUUGGGCCAGUGCGAUUCGGCCUACGAUUUCAGCGACUCCUCCCAGAACAAGACCUCGUACAACUGCAAGACCGUCGAAUGCUCAUGUAUACCUGACCGGAUGCUCUGUGGCGAGAACGGCAGUGUUGACAUCACUGACUUCCUAGACGAGGAGAUCAAGGGCCCCGGCGCAUUUAAGUGCACACAGAUCAAAGGCGGCGCAAACAAGUGCAGUUUUGAGGAGCCUGCCAUGAACGAUCUGAUCAACCAGAUGUUCGGGGACUCCAGCAUCACCUUGACAUGUCGUUCUGGCGAAUGCGUGCACUUCUCCGAGCUGCCCGACUACAAGCCGCCCGUUCCCAAGAUCAACACACCUCUCAUCGCUGGUGUCAUCGCCGGCUGUGCUUUAUUCCUCGUUGCGGUCAUCGUCCUCACCUGGUAUCUGUCCCGGCGCUCUUUCAAAUACGGCCCCAUUCAUCUCGACGACUCUGAUGACGAAGGACUCAAGCUCAUGGCAGACCACAAGCCCGCAUCGCUGCAGUUCGAGGAAGUGUCAUACAGCCUCAACAGCAAGCAAAUCUUGAAUUCGAUUCGGGGCGUGGCGUAUCCCGGGGAGCUCACUGCUAUCAUGGGCGCUUCUGGGGCUGGCAAGACGACCUUUUUGGACAUUCUUGCACGCAAGAACAAGCGAGGAACCGUCAGUGGUGAUUUCUACGUCAACGGCGAGAAGGUCACGGAUGCGGAUUUCAAGGCUGUGGUUGGAUUUGUCGACCAGGAAGAUACGAUGCUGCCAACCCUCACAGUCCACGAAACCAUUCUGAACAGCGCCUUGCUGCGACUGCCCCGCGACAUGACCCGAGCCGCAAAAGAGCAGAGGGUCACCGAUGUCGAGAAACAACUUGGAAUCUACCAUAUCAAGGACUCCCUCAUCGGCUCCGAGGAAGGCAAAGGCCGUGGAAUUUCCGGUGGCGAGAAGCGCCGUGUCGGUAUCGCGUGUGAACUGGUCACUAGCCCCUCCAUCCUCUUCCUCGACGAGCCUACCAGUGGCCUGGAUGCAUAUAAUGCCUUCAACGUUGUCGAAUGUCUUGUGACCCUUGCGAAAGACUUCAAGCGAACCGUCAUCUUCACUAUCCACCAGCCACGUUCAAACAUUGUCGCCCUCUUUGACAGACUCAUUCUCCUCGCCCAAGGCAGACCAGUCUACUCCGGUCCAUUUGCUCAGUGCCAGGACUACUUCGACCAUAUUGGAUAUCCUUGCCCCCCUGGUUUCAACAUCGCCGACUACCUGGUUGACCUGACUAUGCACGCCGGCGCAUCGGCAACCUUUGAUGAUGGCACCAUAUCGGUUGAUGCCGCCAGUGUCGGGCCGAGCAGCGUUAGAGGUGUUAAGUCUAUCGCGAGUGUGUCGAAUGUCAGCAUCGGAGAAGAUAGUGGCGCCGAAGCCUCAUCCUCUCGACCCAAGAACAAGCGUCGGGAUUCGGUCAAGGCUAGGCUGGAGCGAGAGCUUUUCACGCGCCGCCAAACCAACGCCGAGACUGCAGCUUCUUCCGAUGGAGAAGGGGAAACGGGAGCUUACAAGCUUCACAAGCAGCCUCCUGGUCAUGUUCCUCCCCAGAUCAUCGAGGACCCACAUGAUCUCCCACCUGCGGCCAGUGGCGGCACAAAUCUUGACAUCUUAGUGAACUCAUUCGCAGAGUCUGACAUUUCCGGCACGACACAUGAUGAGAUCCAGCAAGCAGUUGCCAGCGCCGAAAAUGCCAACGGCCGCAACUCCAACGGAUACAGUGUCAGCGGCUCGAACAUUUACAUCAGCGUUGUUGGCAAAGGAUAUGCGCGCAUCGGCUACGGCCGACAAUUUAUCAUCCUCUCCCAGCGGACGUGGAAAAACCUGUACCGCAACCCACUGCUGAUGCUGACACACUACGCCAUUGCCAUUCUCCUCGGAGUCCUCUCUGGGUAUCUCUUCUAUGGCUUGACCUCGGACAUCCCCGGAUUCCAGAACCGGCUUGGUCUCUUCUUCUUCGUGCUGGCCCUCUUUGGAUUCAGCACUUUGACCAGCUUGAACGUCUUCUCCUCUGAGAGGCUGCUGUUCACAAGAGAACGCGCGAAUGGCUACUACUCUCCUGUCACCUACUUCGCCUCUAAAGUACUCUUCGACAUCGUUCCGCUACGAAUCAUCCCGCCAAUUCUGAUGGGCAUAAUCAUUUAUCCAAUGACGGGGCUGAAGGCAGAUGCGGCCCACUUCUUCUUUUUCCUCCUCGUGUUGGUACUUUUCAACCUCGCCGCCGCCGCCAUUUGUCUCUUCAUUGGUAUUGUGUGCAAGGACAAUGGCGUGGCAAAUCUGAUCGGCAGUUUGGUUAUGCUCUUCAGUUUGUUGUUCGCGGGUCUCCUUCUGAACGCAGAAAAGAUUCCAGAUGGGGCCAAAUGGCUUCAGUGGUUGUCGAUUUUCCACUAUGCCUUUGAGUCGCUCAUUGUUAACGAGGUUAGCAAACUGACGCUCGUUGACAAAAAGUACGGCUUGGAUAUCACAGUACCUGGCGCUGCCAUUCUUAGCUCAUUCGGCUUCGACAACGGCGCCAUGUGGAAGGACGUUAUUUGCUUGGGAGCUUAUGCAGCUGGCUUUGUUGUGCUGGCGUACGCCGCCAUGCACGUCCUGCUGGUUGAGCGGCGGUGA